CCUCAGAGGAGGACGUUAUCAUGGCGGCUCUGUGUGUCUGUGUAAAAGUCUUCACCCCUCUGUUCACCCUGGACUCUGUGACCGGAGCUGCGGGGUAAAUGGCUCCUGAGUGACCCCCUAGCGCCCCCAUUGUCUGUGGUCGUGUCAGGCGGCGGGAGCGGUUUCUCGGUUCCGCCGAAGACUGACGGUCACAGAGCCGGAGCUGACAUUACCGGUUCUAACGUUCAACGCUGGCAUGCAGGGACUGGGUCCGGCUUGUAUCUUUCUGCGUAAGGGCAUCGCUGAGAAGCAAGGGUACCGCGAGCUGGGAACGGAUGAGAUUGAAGAAUUACGCGAGGCCUUCGUGGAGUUUGACAAGGACAAGGAUGGUUUCAUCACCUGCAAGGACCUGGGGAACCUGAUGAGGAUCAUGGGGUACAUGCCCACCGAGAUGGAGCUGAUCGAAUUGUCCCAGCAGAUCAACAUGAACCUUGGAGGGCGUGUUGACUUCCAGGACUUUGUCGACCUGAUGACUCCGAAGCUGCUGGAGGAGACGGCUGGGAUGAUCGGCGUGAAGGAACUCAGGGAUGCCUUCAAAGAGUUUGACGCCAACGGCGAUGGUGAGAUCACACUGGACGAACUUCAGCAGGCCAUGCAGAGGCUUCUGGGAGAGAAGCUGACCAAUAACGAGAUCGCCGAUGUGGUCCGGGAAGCUGACUUGAACGGAGACGGGACGGUGGAUUUUGAAGAGUUUGUCCGGAUGAUGUCGCGUUGACACUUGACGUCCUGGGAGAAUCGAGGACGCCCCGAUCUCGUCUGACCCCCAAUACGCCAUGUGCUUUACAGGCGUCGCAGCGGCCACUGUAUCCGGUGUGUGGAUGUAGCUAUGUG